AUGCUCCAGGAAGCAACAGCAGCGUACCUCCAAGCGCUAGCCGCCGGAAAGCCAGACACGCUCGCUCUGGCCGCCAACGUCAGCUAUGCAGAGAACGACACACCCAUGGAUAUCACCAAAGGUAUCCUGACCCAACCCAUCACGAUCGACUUCAACCGCAGCUUCUACGACACUACUGAAUGCGCUGCAUCUACCGAGAUAUCAGCCGCCACGAACAAGCAUCCCUAUGUCAUCAACACGCGGCUUCUCUUCGCCAACGACAAGAUCACCACCAUCCAAUCAGUCGUCGCCGACGACGGCGACUGGAUCUUCAACGCGGCGAACCAGCUUUCCUGGACGAAGAAGGAGACCUGGGACCCCAUCCCCGAGGGCAAUCGGGACACGCGCGCCGUCAUCAAAGCCGCCGGCGACGCGUACCUCGACAGCUGGGGCGACGGCACUGUCCCGGUCCCGUACGGUACGCCCUGCGCUCGCCUCGAGGGCGGCAUGUACACGGGCGACAGGAGCCCAUCGACCAACACGUGCAAGAUGCCCGAGUUCCCCAAGCCGUUUAAGAUCACGAAUCGUCGCUAUGUUAUCGACGAGGAGGUGGGUGGGGUGGAUAUCUUUAACGAUUUUCCGUUCAUUGAUAAGACGAAGCCGGAUGGCACGUCGAGCACCAAUCUUAUUAGGGUGGAGGGAGGGAAGAUUAGGUAUAUUCAUGAGAUUACUAUUUGUGCGACAAAGGGCUGUGGGAGAUAA